CCGGCUUAUGGCAUCCUGGGCGUUCCAAUUUCCGCCACCCUUAAUUUCGUUGAACUACGGGUACCAUGGCAGACGGGCAGUACGUACCGGUGGUUGGAACUUGAAAGUCUGUGAAGCAGAGCUAGGGCUAGGACUCAGUAGGCUAGGGAAUGGGGUUCCGAAGAGAAGGCGGAGAGGAUCUCGACGACGAUAUAAAAGAAGCAUACAUACAUAAAGCCUGAGGGGGAUAAUCGCAGUGCUGGCCUUCCUCAAACCAAGGCUACUGCGGACUCGCACGUGCUUCAUGCAUCGAGAUGAGGACCGAACCUGUGCGCUGCCCAGUUGCAAUACUAGCCGUACUGUUCCAGCCAACUUUGCAAUCAGCGAGCUAGACCUCCUUCAGCCCCUUUUAAAGCCAAGCCACACUUUAGAAUGCUACCUGGCCCACCAGCCGUCGCUUCUGUAUCUUUCUUCCAUCUUUUGAAAAGAAGAAUCGUAGAGGAGCUGGGAAACUAUCUUCUCCUGAACAGGAGAAAAGAGUGACCUCUGCCUGGUUGUUUCUCGUUUCCUUGCCCUCGACAGCGCGAUGGCAGUGCACAGCGUUCUGCUCCGCCGGAGCCUCUCUCGUGUCCUGGGUACCACCACCUUCAGCUGGCACUCCCCUCCCUCCUCUAGUUACAAGGCUGUUCCUGGGGUUGAAUGUAGAGGUUCAAGCCUGAGCGAUCGAUGGGGUUUCUGGGGGGCAAGCUACUUGGGCUUGAGGCGGGGCUUCUUCGUGAGAGAGAAACACGGCCGGCAAUCGUCGCUGAAUGAGGACGAGAUUGCCGAGCGAGUCCGGCUGGCCGUACGGGCGGCAGGGUCUAGGAAGACAGGUGGCGGCCGUCCCAAAGUCCGGAGAAAACGGAGCGUUCAGUGGGCGCCUCCCGCUGGAACCGCGGGCUCUGAAGACCUCAUCGAAUCCGAAGUUGUGUUGAGAGAAGACCAGGCAUUAGGUCAGGUAGUCACUUCUCAGGCCAACUUCAUGCGCGUCCUGGUGGAGAAGAGCGAAGCGACAGCUGGCGACGAAGCGGCGACAGCUGGAGGGGAAAAGGCGACAGUCAGUGGCGAGAUAGCGACAGCUGGCCAGGCUUCGGCGCCAGCUGGCAGCCCCAGGAACGGCUCCGAGCUGCUGUGCGUGGUCCGGGCCCUACUGAAGAAGAUCCGGAAACGAGUCCUAGUGGGGGACAGGGUGCUAGUCAGUGCAAUAGACUGGGUGGAGGGGAGGGGAAUGAUCGAGGAGAUUGUGGAGAGGAAAAGUCAAAUGGAGGAUCCCCCAAUCGCGAAUGUGGACCAUUUCCUGGUCCUUUUUGCGCUGGCGCGACCGCCGCUUGAACCGAUCCAACUUAGCAGGUUCCUCGUAGCGGCAGAGCAUGCGGGAAUCCCGUUCACACUGGCACUCAAUAAGGCCGAUUUGGCACCCCCAGGUGCAGCGCAAGCCUGGAAGGAGCGCCUCGCGGGGUGGGGUUACAACGCUCACAUUCUGAGCGUCGAGGGGGGCGAGGGUCUGGAGGGCGUCUUCCGGGAACUGAGCGGAAAGACGACCGUCGUGGCCGGUCCAAGCGGGGCCGGGAAGUCGAGUUUGAUUAACCGGCUCAGGAAAGAUUCGGUACGGCUCGCUGGAGCACAUGCUGACGACGACGGUGUCGUCAGCAAUGUGGGUGGUGAAAACCGGGACGGGGGUGACGUCCGUGGCGUGGUGACGGUCGCAGAGAGAGGGGACGGGGCGACGGUGUCAAAAUCUGCUGGGGCGAGCGAGGGGGACGGGAUCGACACUGCCGGGGAGAGUUUGGCGGUCAGUGCGGUGUCUGCGAAGAGUGGGCUCGGGAGGCAUACGACCCGGAGCAUCGUGCUAAUAAGAUUGCCCCUGGGGGGUCUACUGGCCGACACCCCCGGUUUCAGCCUGCCCGCCCUUAGUAAAAUUACCGAGCAAGAGCUCCCCGUCUGCUUCCCGGAGAUCCGCCAACGCCUCGCGGCCGCCCACGCGGCCGGCCGCCACUGCGCCUACAAAGACUGCAAACACCUCGCCGAGCCCGACUGCGUCGUGUCCGGCCGCCGGAAACGGUCGGACGCGGAUGGUAACGGUUCGGUAAUGGUGGUCGAGGGGCCCGACGGGAGCCUGGAAGAGCGCGAGGUGUUCGAGUAUCAGGAGGGGUUCGCGCCGUGGGAACGGUACGAGGAGUAUAAGCGGUUGAUGGCGGAGGUCAAGGAACGGGAGGAUAAGGAGCGGUGGGCGUACGGAACGAAACGGGAGAGCGCGGUACGGGUGCGGAAGACGGACGGGGCGACUGGGAAGCCGAAAGUGGAGCCGCGGUUGGCGCCCCAGAAGCAUCGGCGUGAGUCGCGGAAGCUAGCGAAACAGGGGUUAGAGACUUUGUUAGACGAAGAGUCCGAAGACGAGGAGGAAUCGGAGGGUUUGGUGGCCGGUUCAGACGAGGGUUUGGAGGAAGGUUUGGAAAAGGAUGUGAAGGAAGAAACGGAAGCUGAGACCGGGGGCUUGGAACCGGUCAGUUCUGCGGGCGAGAAUGGGGGGUCGAUUGGUCGGGGUGGGGAAGCGGGGAACUCGCGAAGGGUGCAGACCGAUGGGCGGGGUUCCGGGUUUCCGGGGGAAAGCAGUUCACUGUAUUCGGAAGGGGAAGAGCCUGCCGACUUAGCAGAAGCGGGGGGGACGAGUGGCUCCAGGGGAACGGAACCGGAAGCAGGAAUCGACGCGGAAUCCGGGGCGCUCGUUGGCGCCGGCGAGUCUUCAGAGUCUUUGGGUCGGUUAGACGAAGAUGACGAUGGACGGUCAGAUGAGAAGGAAGACGAAGAUUUUAAGGAUUGGUUGAAGACGCGGGAGUUUGAGUACAAGUGGUGGGAAGAUAAGGACGCCCACUUGCAAGGGGAUUCCCGGCUUGCCUCCGUCAAAUCGACGAGGGACGUGCAACGGCAUUGGCGGUUGAGAAAGGAGAAGGUGUUGGAGAACAGGGAGACUGUCUUUGGAAAGAAGGGCCCGACGCCGGCGGGUCGAGAAUGAUGUGAAUGACACUUCGACUGAACUACGGUGUCAUUAAACUCGUUGUCAAGGAUUUUUCAGAAGUGUUGAAUCUUCAUACGUUUUAUGUCCUGGU